AUGGAAAGUAUAUGUGAAAAGUCCUCAUCUUCAGGAGUCUCUAAUGAUUCACAUAAACUUUUAAUGAAGUGCAAUUAUCCGUCUACUUUAACUCUAUCCUCUAGUAAACCGGAUAAAUUAACACAAAAAUUAGUAGAUUGUAGAGCAAGCAGUGAAAUGAUACCGAAUCUAUCGAAUGGAUUAGGUGAUUCAGAACAUUGUUUAUCUCUACCAAAUAUUACAAGGAAUAAAGCGUUGAAUAACUCAGAUUUAUACAAACAAAAAGAUGCAGAACUACUAAGUACAGAGUAUAAAUUACAUCGUGCUAAUUAUUUAUCUCUUCAGCCUAGAAAUCAUAAUAAUUAUUACCUGAGUAUAUCACGUAUACGUGAAGAAAAAGUCUUCAAAUAUUUCUUAUCCGAUCAUGAGAAUAAAAUGAUGAAACCGGAUCGCAUAUCAUUCAUAAAUUCUAAAAAACACAAUAAAGAUAUUUUAUGUCCAUUAACAACCGGUGAACCAACACUGUUCAUCACUAAUUCACAAGGUUUAAACCGGUUAACAAAUUUCGUUACUAAUGACAACGAUUGUCAAGUCAACAAAAAUUUCAGUUUAAAUAAACUAACAGAGAAGCAAUCAUCAAAAGCGACAACAUCUAAUUAUGACUAUAGUAAUAUUGAAGAUAACAAAAAAUAUCAAACAGACAUUUUAAGCUGGUCUGAUGUAUUACAAUAUUGUAAUGAAGAAGAUUUAGGCGGAAAUACUGCUCACUUUGGAAAUGAAUAUUGUGACAAGAUGAAUUUAUUAAAUAACCAGUCUAGUCUUGAUGAAAUUGAAACAUUGAAUCGAGAAACAAGUAAAACAAACUUCAGUGAUAUUCGACUUACAAAAAAAGACUUUCCAGAUUUAUUAUUUAGUGAUAUAAAAAUAUCUGAUUUGUUUGGUGAUGAUAAUAUUGGUGAUAAUGAUGACUAUAGUGAGGUUAUGGUUGGUGAUAAUAGAAAGAAAAAGAUAUUUUUAAAUUCUUCUACAAUGACUGAAGACUUAACUUCAGUAGAUGAUGAUGAAUUGCAUCUAAAACAUGACAGUGAAAAGUGUGAAUCUAAGCCUAAUGAUAAUGAGACAAAUGCUGUAGAUGAAGGAAGCACUAAUAAUCAUGAAGAGGAUAACACUUCGUCAAGUGUUCCACUGAAACAUAAAUGUUUUAAAAUAUUUCCGUGUAUUGCAAGAAAUGAUGACAAAUGA